CUUCAGAGUGGAACUUACCGUAUGGUGUCGGAGGAGGAGCAGGCUCUCAGGGCCAAGCUGGAACGUCUCACCGUCAAGGACCACGGGCCAGUGUUUGGAUCCUGUGCCAGUCUGCCAGACCACACUAAGCAGAAGGCAAAGGAUGAGCUGAACGAGACAGAUGAGAAGCGGGUGGCUGCGGUGAAGGAGCUGCGUGAAAUGAUAAAGGAAAAGGCGGACGCAGGCGAUGAUCUGGCCAAGGGGGUGCAGACCACCUUCGGGGAGAAACCCGACACUUUGCUGGUCCGCUUCAUCCGCGCCAGGAAGUACGACGUGCCCAGAGCCUUUGAACUUAUGAAGGGCUACGUGCGAUUCAGGAAGGAUUACCCUGAGCUGUUUGAGAACCUGACCCCGGAGGCCGUACGCAGCACCAUCGAGGCCGGCUACCCUGGCAUCCUGCAGAGCAGAGACAAGUAUGGCCGUGUGGUUUUGCUCUUCAACAUCGAGAACUGGGACUACGAGGAGAUCACUUUCGAUGAGAUCCUUCGUGCCUACUGUGUGAUCCUGGAGAAGCUGCUGGAGAACGAAGAGACUCAGAUCAACGGGUUCUGCAUCAUCGAGAACUUCAAGGGCUUCACUAUGCAGCAGGCGUCAGGAAUCAAACCCACUGAACUCAAAAAGAUGGUGGACAUGUUGCAGGAUUCAUUCCCUGCCCGUUUCAAAGCUGUGCACUUCAUCCACCAGCCCUGGUACUUCACCACCACCUACAACGUGGUCAAACCUCUCAUGAAGGGCAAGCUGCUAGAGAGAGUGUUCGUCCAUGGAGACGAGCUGGAAAACUACUACAAGGAGUUUGACGCCGACAUCCUGCCGUCUGAGUUUGACGGAAAAGGCACCAAGUACGACGGCAAGGCCAUAGCGGCAAAGCUGUUUGACUAA